AUGUUUUAUCAUUUGCGUCAUACUUUAACACGCUAGAGAUAUUCCCUAUCUUAAUACAUUGUGCUUACAAUUUUGCAUUGUUUAAUAUACGUUUUGAUUAAAAUAUCCCUGUUUUCGACGUUCAGCCGAGCUUGCGACCCGACAGUACUCGCGAUUCACCGCAGUUUCCUGAAAAUGCCACCCAAAAAGAAUCCCGUGAAGCCAAAAGGCAAGAUGACAGCUUAUGCAUUUUUUGUCAAUGCUUGUCGCCUUGAACACCACAACCAGUUCCCCGGCCAAAAAAUUAAAUUAUCAGAAUUCUCAACAGUAUGCGCUAAGCGAUGGAAGGAAAUGACAAUGGACCAAAAGAGGCCCUUCGCAGAGAUGGCAGAUAGAGAUAAAAUGAGAUACGAAAAUGAGUUGAAACUUCUAUUCCCCGGAGAAAACACACCCAAAAGACGAAGAAAGAAGAAGGAUCCCAAUGCACCUAAGAAGAAUCUGUCUCCAUUUUUUAUAUUCUCGAAGCUAAAGAGACCCGAAAUUAUGAAAGAUCAUCCGUCGAAAGGCGUCGGAGAAAUCAGCAAAGUUCUUUCAGCAGAGUGGUCGAACAUGAGCGAAGAAGAUAAGUCUAUGUACGUACGGAUGUCAGAAGAAGAUAAAGUUCGAUAUCAGAAGCAACUGGAGCAGUUCAAAGAAACAGGAACAAUAACGGCGGAAUCUAUUUUUCAGCAAUUAGAACAGUACAAAGAAACAGGUACUGUAACGGCGGCUAUCAUGGGUGCCCCUGUAGUGGGUGGCGAAGACGACGAUGAGGAUGAUGAAGAGGAAGAAGAUGAGUUUGCUUACCCCGGCGGUACGCAUGGAGCGUCGGUUUCGGGCGCAGUUGCCAUGACUUCGGGACAGCAACAGGCAUUUCAGAGUCAACAAAACAUGGUCACCUCAUCUGUGCAACAGGGAUCCUCCCAGAAUAACCAACAGUUUUCCAAUGGUCAGAAUCAAAUGUACCAGACAGGGAUGAUGAUUCAGCAACAAAACAUGAUGGGCGGUCAGCCUCAGUUCAAUAAUGGGUCGAAUUCUGGACAGAUGCAAAUGAUGCAGCAAACGUCACAACCUCAGCAGAUGCAAGGGCAGAUGCAUCCAAACUUCGGCUCUCCAUCCAAUCAACAGCAACAAUUUAUGAACGCUUCUCAGCAACAACAACAGAAUAGAAUGAUGCAGCCUCAGCAACACCAAACUGUCGUAUCAACGACCGGUAACUCCCUGCAACAAAACAACUCCCAACAGUUUAUGAUGUCUAUGUCCAACAACGGACCUUCACGCACCCCACCGUCUCAACAACAGUUUUCAUCCCAGCAACCGCAGAGCCAACAGAUAAUAAUGCAACAGAACAACCAAAUGCACCAGGGAUCAGUUGACAUGCAACAGCAGCAGAUGCAUGCAAAACAACUGAUGCAACAAGCGGCAGCUUACCAACAGAUCAACAAUCCCAACACCGUUUCGGUACAGCCACAACAAAUCUCUAGCACCCAAAGCCAGAUAAUAGACGAAAUAAAACCCUCCAUUCAAGAUAUUCAGCAGCAACAAGGAGAUGAUGUUUCUUCUUUGCAACACCAGGGAUUGGCUAACAACGAAUCCGUUCAGGCUAAUUCUUCAAGCGACGAUCAACACUUUGGAGAGAUAAAUAUGCAAAAUCAAUCUGAGCUAAAUGGGGCUCAGAGUGGAAACAACACUCCUCCAACUACCAUGAAGAGUAUGACUCCACAACAGAACCUACCUGUGAGUUCGGCCAUGGAAAUCAAACAAGAGUCAGUGGCUGUGCAGGACGGAAGUGGUUCGCUUAUGGCAUCCAUGUAGACAAAUGUGUAGAGCACCCUGAAACUCAACCUAACUAAACUGAUCGUGUCGAAUAUUGAUUAAUAUGAUUAAUACACGCUGUAGCGAACACUACCAUUUACCAAUUGUUGCAAAACCCGCAAACCAUAAUCGUUGACGCGUUUAUUUGCUCUCUAUUAUUCAACUUUUUGUAUCGUUUUUGCUUUUUCUCUAUGUCCUAAUUUUUGUGGAUUGAAGAUUCUAUAUUUUUAUUAUUGUUUGUCAUACGUUUUGUUUUCAAAGAAUAUAAAAUAUUAUUAUGCUGUUGAUACAUUUGAAUUUUCUGACAGAAGACUAGAAAUAGUGAUAUCAAUGUCCAUCUAUCUCGUGCAAUUCUAUGAGCUCUUAAACUCAAUUUCAUCUCAUCAGCCAGAAUUAAGUUAAUUGUUUAAGAGCUCUUGAGCCGCUCAAUUCAGCUGUCUUCUUUAAUUAUCCAACCAGCAACAUUGAACAUGUGAGGUAGACUAAGUUUGCCGGUUAUUCUUAUAUUUAUUGAACGAAUUGUUAAUUAUUAAAUUUGCAUACCUUAUUCGUAAGAGAUGAAACGAAGUGGAUGAAUUUCGGAAGUUAAGUUUGACAA